AUGUUACCAGUUAAUUUUUCAAUAUGUUCAGACCAAGUCAAUUUAGAAUCAAACACAACUCCAAGAUAUUUGAAUGAUAGUCUCAAUCGGUAUCCAUGUCCACUCGCAAGACUUUGUGCUCGGCGUGUGGGGGCCCCUAACCGGGUGUUAAGCUCGACCGGCACUUGGAGUGCCUCUGGUGUUGCCCGUGCAGCAAGGCUGAGCCUUGUAAGGUUUGUGCGCGCUGGCCCCCGACUAAGUUUGCGGUCGGCUCUAGAUUGGGCAGCUCAGGCUGACGCUCCAUCUCAGAGUUUGUUGCAAGCUGCGUCGGGGGUUGUAGCGGUGCCGGAUGACUCUCCACCGCCGCUGGAGGCUGUAUGCGGAAUUCCGGAUUCUGAGAACAGUUACUUCGACCCGUUUAAAUAUAGAUACAAAUCAGGAGAAAACGUAACAUACACAUGUUACCCGGGCUACACACUAUUCGGCGACGCGACGAAUACAUGUAAUGAGUCAAAAUGGAUAAAUGAUCCACCAAAAUGCUAUCAGGAUUGCAAAGAUGUAUCACCACCAUCAAAUGGCGAUGUUGAGCCCACUCGUCAAAUCAACCAUAACCAGACUGUUUUAUUCUCCUGUAAAGCCGGGUAUGAGCUCGUUGGUAACCAGAUACUGAGUUGUCAAGAUGGGCACUAUAAUGGAAGCACCCGUCCUAUAUGCUUAGAUAUUAAUGAAUGUGAAUCGAGUCCAUGUUUGAAUGGAGGUACUUGUAACGAUGAAAUUGCACAUUUUACGUGUAGGUGUUCUGCACAGUGGAAUGGCACCAACUGUGCUACAGAUAUUGACGAAUGUGCCAUGGGAACUGAUGAAUGUCAUGUGUCAGCGUCAUGUGAAAAUACAAAUGGAAGUUAUAACUGUAUGUGUAACAAAGGUUAUUACGGCAACGGAAUCAAUUGCUAUGAGUAUGUAUUUUUCGAGUUUGAUCAAAAUAACAGCUCAAGUUUGCGAGAGAACUAUGACAAAAAGAAUGAUUCUGAGCUAAUAUCUGCUACUUUUAGGCCACCAUUUGGCUUUCCAUACGGCAGUAAAUUUUAUCAAGAAAUAUAUUUCACCGAAAAUGGCGUAAUCGUUUUUUCCGAAGGAAAUGCCAACAAAAUCGGAUUUCCGAAUGCUUACGCAUCCGGAUUUACAGGUGACAGUUCACAAGCAAUGAUUGUAGCUCCUUUUUGGACCGAUGUUGACCUUACUAAGUCAUAUGGCGAUGUGUUCUACCAGGUUCAUGAUACAUACGACUCGGUAAUCAAGGAUGCAAACCAAAGGAUUCGCACUAAUUUCAGUCACUUACAAUUUAAUGGUACCUGGAUGUUGGUUGUUACGUGGUAUAAGGUUCCUCAAUAUUCAGCUGAAUUUACAUAUGAACAGCCUAAUACAUUUCAAGCAGCAUUGAUAACAGACGGAAUUUAUGGAAUCAUAUUCUUUAAUUUUGAAGAGACGAGAAUGCAGUGGGACACUUCAAUCAUUAUAAAUAAGAAUCUUAUCAUUGGUUUUAACCGUGACGAUAAGUUCGAAAAUAUACAGCUAGAAGAGCCAUAUAAACCUGAUAUUGUAAAUGGAAACACGAACCUUAAAGGAAGGUGGAUUUAUCGGAGUGAAAACAAUACAGAUCAGACAGUGAACCCAAAAAUGGAAUGCUGGGCAUGGUACAAUAGACAACCAGAUCCGAUUACUUGGCAAAAAAAUCUAGGUUCCUGUCCUUGUGGAUUCGGUCAAGCAAGUGGAGAUCUAAAGUUUUCGCCCAGUAAUGACACAGUCAGUUUAAAUAAUGAACAGUAUGAAGAUUCGUUAAUAGACUCACUGAACAAGCACAUGAAAAACGCCAUUUGUAUGCGCACCACAUUGACAAAUAUUAAUGGAGCCGGCUUGCAAUGCUGCUACCGAGAAGAUUUUUCAUUGAUAGAGGGCUUUGAUGAGGUCCAAACAAGCAGCUUCAUGUUACGUCAUCAGUUUCAACCAGCAUUUGGUGUGGAUAGUGAUCAAUACGACCGAUAUUUAAAGGAAGAUCUUAUCCCACGCUAUUACUGUUGUGAUGCCUCCCAGGACCAAUCUUUUUGCGAUAUGUACAUUGAAAAGCGCCCUCUAGGAAAAUGUGAUGGUUAUUUUCCACCAAAAACUGGAUGGAUGUUUGGUGAUCCUCACUUACAGACACUAGAUGGGGUAGAGUUCACAUUUAACGGAUUAGGAGAGUACAUCCUCGUGGAUGUAGACGAUCAAUUUAUCAUUGUUCAGGGUAGAACUGAGAAGUUUCAAGACUUCAAUGCAACAAUCUUUACAGCAUUUGUUGCACAACAUAACGGGUCUACCAAGUUUCAAAUAUCAUUGAAGGAAAAUAAUACUUUUGACAUCCUUCUAAAUGAGACGGACAAGAUUAAUCGAACAGUUCUCAGUGUCGGUCCCUAUAUCCCACCAGAAGAUCCAGGUUUUUCUGUGAAGCUAGUAUCAAGUAAUACUAGUGAGAGUGUAGAAGCACUGUGGUCAUCUGGGUUCGCCAUAUCAGUAACACCAUCCAUCGACAUGUUUAACAUAUUAGUUUCCAUUCCAGAAUCGUUCAAGAAUAAAACAAAAGGUUUAUUGGGAAUUUGGAACGGCGAUAAGAGUGAUGAUUUUUCCUUUCCAAAUGGUACAAUAUUGCCAGUGAACAGUAGUAAUGAAAACGAAAUAUUCAGAUAUGGAGAAACAUGGAGAACUUCCCCCAAUUCAUCGCUGUUCUACUAUAUACCAAAUCAAAGUUGGAGCGCAUUUAAUGAUGUUAAAUUUUUACCUGUAUUUUUGGAGGAUUUACCUGUAAACCUUUUUGCUGCGAACAAUCGCAGCAUCUACGACAUAUGUGGAAGUGAUAGUAGCUGUAGUUAUGACAUAUUAGUUACAAAUAAUGAAGAACUGGCAAAAAGCACAAAAGCAACAAAUUCUAACAACAAAGAUGCUGCUGAAAAACUUGCAAACUUCCCGCCUAUAUUUAAUGAUGUACCACAGCAACUUAAUGUGACUGUCAAUCAAUUAUUUUCUUACAACAUCAGUGCAGAAGACGAGGAGGAAGGCAACGUAUAUUACUCUCUGUUAACAGAUUCGAACGAUCCAUAUAUUAAUGAGUCUACUGGUCUCUUUACUUGGACACCUGUGGACACAUCAAUGACGCAGAUUGCAUUUGUUGCCAGUGAUGAAAACUCUGCGACGACGACACAUCAACCGAAUGUUUUCAUUUGUGACUGUAAAAACGAAGGAAAAUGUAUCUUUGAUAAACCAAGACCUGAAUCCAAUGUUGCUGUUGAUAAAUUUGCAAUUGUUGAGUGCGAUUGUACACCGGGAUACACUGGUUCUGAUUGUAGGACAGAUUACGACGCUUGUGAAGAUAACGUUUGUUACCCAGGCGUUACUUGUGUUGACGAACCACCUCCCUCUGAAACAGCUACUUGUUCCAAAUGUCCCACCGGCCUUGAAGGAGAUGGAUUCAAGUGUUUUGACAUCGACGAAUGCCAGAACAAUAAAACUAUCUGUCAGCAGAAUUGUCGAAACCUUGUACCUGGAUACGAAUGCUAUUGCUGCAAUGGAUAUAGACUUCAGCAGCUUGAUGGAAACAGUAUCUGCAUCGAUGUUGACGAGUGUUUGCCUAACAAUGAACACAACUGCAGUAAUAAUGCCGUAUGUAAUAAUACCAUUGGUUCAUACAAUUGUAUGUGUAAGACCGGCUAUGAAGGUGAUGGAAUUACUUGUAGAGAUAUUAAUGAAUGUAACACAGAGCCCUGCAACGAGAAAGCUGUAUGUGAAAACAACGAUGGUUCUUACAUGUGCACAUGCCUAACUGGUUAUUACAAUGUCGGUCCAGACAAGUGCCAAGAUAUAGAUGAAUGCACAACGAUUGCUGAUGCAUGCGAUGUAAAUGCAAAAUGUACUAACACUGAAGGCUCAUAUGAUUGUGACUGUAACGAAGGGUUUAGCGUUAAUGGGAUUCAUUGUGACGACAUUAAUGAGUGUAGCUUAUCCAGACAUAACUGUAACAAGAAUGCUAAUUGUAGUAACACUGAAGGAGGAUAUCGGUGUAAGUGUAUCGAAGGGUUCGAGGGAGACGGAAGGAUUUGUAACAAAAUCAAUGUGUGCGAUACAAAGGAAUGUCCAGAGUAUUCUACCUGUUCGGAAGAUCUUGAGGAUUGCAUUUGCAGAGAUGGUUUCUAUUCAUCAUUUACGGCCAAUGGUACAGAUACAUGUAAAGAUGUUGACGAGUGUUCAAACAAUGCGACGUUGUGUUGGCCUAACUCCACUUGUAGAAAUGGUCCGGGGACGUUUGAAUGCGUUUGCAACAGUGGCUUUAUAAAGGAUGGAGAAACAUGCCAAGAUAUCGAUGAGUGUCUUCUUGAAAUUAGCGACUGCAUUCAAGAGUGCACUAAUACAGCUCCGGGCUAUAAUUGCUCAUGUGCUGAUGGAUUUAAACUUGAACAAGAUAAUGUAACGUGUGCCCUGUCUCUUAUACACAUCUCGGCUCCACGCCUUACCUCCAAGUUAUUCAACUAG